AUGUCUGAGACUCGCGGUGGUCCCCAAUCGGGUCGUGGUAGAGGCGGUGCCCGCGGCCGCGGAGGUUCUGCGUAUCGUGGAGAUCGAGGAGGCGGCGAUCGUGGUAGUGGCGGUGGCCCCCGCGGCGGAGGCCGGGGAAGAGGCCGUGGCUCUUUUGACCUUCCAGUCCGUCCAGGGACCGAUGAACGAGGCGAUUUCUGGGGCCGGGGCCGUGCCAGAGGUCGGCCUUCUGGUCGUGGCGGUCGCGGCGGCCGGGGCGGAGGUGAGGAUCUCGGCCCGAAAAUCUACCUCCCAAAGGAUGGAGACCUUUCCCAAAACUCCCAGGUCCAGCCGAAGGAGGAUGCAACGAUGACCGCAUUGGCCAAAGUCAAGCGAGCCGGCGUACCUUACCCUACGCGGCCAGCUUUCGGAACCCAGGGAAGGGCAGUCACUUUGUUCGCCAACUACCUCCAGCUCAAGUCGGUCGCCAAAACACUCCAUCGGUAUCAAGUUGAUAUCCUCGAAGACAAGGCGACCAAAAAGCCUACGGGCAAGAAGGCACAGCAGGUGGUCAGGCUGUUGAUCACAGAUCACUUUGCCCACUUAGGACAUGGCAUCGUCACCGAUUUCAAAUCCACCCUCCUUUCCCGGGACAAGCUCCUGGAGGAGGUCGAUGAUGCUCGCGUGUAUGAGGUUAGCUACCGAGAUGAAGGCGAAGACGAGACAUCAUCAGAACCCGCCAAUCCACAAGAUCAGACAAAGAUCAAGAUCUACAAGGUGAAGUGCCAGUAUACAGGCAGCAUCGAUCCGUCCGAGCUGUUGAACUAUCUGACCUCGGCCGAUGCGGCGGGUAUGUUCGACAAGAAGCCAGAAAUCCUUCAGGCGAUGAAUAUUCUCCUGGGUAGUCAGCCCAAGGUAAACCCAACUGUCCGCUCGGUUGGGGCCAACCGGCACUUCUCCAUCGACCCGCAGGACAAAGAAACUUUCUAUCUUGGGGCAGGGCUUGAAGCUCUUCGUGGAUACUUUGUGAGCGUCCGUGCCGCAACUACCCGCCUGUUGGUGAAUGUCCAGGUGAAGUAUAUCGCCUGCUACCAGGAAGGCUCGCUUACGGACUUAAUGGCGGAGUUUCAGGGGCCAAGGGGCUUCCAGAAAGACCUCAAUUAUUCACCCUUGCAGAGAUUCUUGAAAGGACUGCGGGUUCAAGUAACUCACAUUCAACGCAAGAACAAGAAAGGUGAUGUCAUUCCACGAAUCAAGCAGAUUCAAGGCCUAGCAACCAAGAAUGAUGGUGGCCAGGAACUACACAAACCAAGAGUGUCUAAGCUGGGAGCCGGUCCCAGAGAUGUUGAGUUCUGGCUGGAAGACAAAGGCCAACAACCACCCCCACGAAAAGAGCAAGCUACUACCUCGAAGUCCAAGGGCAAGAAACCUGCCCGAGCAGGCCCUGCGCCGCCUGGGCGAUACAUCAGUGUUGCGGCCUUCUUCGCCGAACACUACAAUCACGUGAAUCUCAACCCGGACAUGCCAGUUGUGAACGUUGGAUCCGUUGCAAAACCCGUUUAUCUGCCUGUCGAGGUUUGCAUGGUUGAGCCAGGGCAGCAAGCGAAAUCCAAGCUCAGCCCGUUCCAAACCAGUCAGAUGCUAAAAUUCGCGGUUAAGCCCCCAGGCUUCAACGCGCAAUCGAUUGUCGAAAAAGGCACGCGUCUCCUGGCGCUCGGCGCCACUGCAAACGCCGCCUUGACUGAAUUUGGUGUUCAAGUGGGCACACAACUUGUCACGGUACCCGGCCGUGUGCUCACUGCACCACGGGUUCUUUACAAGGACGCCAAUAGCAAUAGGGAAAAAAACAUCCAGACGCUUGGCGGAAGCUGGAACAUGAAGUCCAUCAAGUUUUCCACCGGAUCUAGAUUAACAUCCUGGGCCUACCUAUUCCUCGACUCCAACCCAAGGUGGAAACCCUCCCGCGAAGAAAUGGAGGCCGCCCUUGGCCAGUUCAAGGAGAAGCUCAACGAAGUCGGGGUGCAGGCGAACGCACCCAGAGGUGGAGAUCGCGUGGCACUCGCUUCGGGAGACAACGAUCAGGCUAGACACCAGCGCGAGAACCAAAUUAGCGAGGCCGUUCGGGCUCUCAUCGGAACUCGCAAACCUGACCUGAUCCUCGGGAUUCUGUCUGACCAGAGUACGGAGGUAUACAACUGUAUGAAGCGCACUUGUGACGUUCAAGAGGGCGUCCGGAACGUCAACGUGCAAGUUGACAAGUUGUUGAAGGGUAGCCCACAAUAUCUCGCCAAUGUCGGUCUCAAAGUCAAUCUGAAGCUCGGCGGCGUCAAUCAGCUCAUUCCCGGUCAAGAACUUGGGAUUGUCGGCAAGAAUAAGACUAUGCUUGUUGGGAUCGAUGUGACUCAUCCCUCCCCAGGGUCAUCGUCCAAGGCCCCGAGCGUUGCCGGCAUGGUCGCCUCAGUGGAUGCCAAUCUGGGGCAGUGGCCAGCAGAACUCCGAGUCCAAACCUCUCGCCAGGAGCGGGUCAGCGACCUCGACGUGAUGCUGAAGGUCCACCUCGGCCGCUGGGCGAAAGGCCACAAGGGCCAGUACCCCGAGAACAUCAUCAUCUACCGGGACGGAGUCUCCGAAGGACAGUAUGAAAUGGUGGUCCGGGAGGAACUGCCUCUGAUCCAGAAGGCUUGCGAGCAGUUGUAUCAGAAAACCAACCAAAAAGUGCCACGGAUCUCCAUCGUGGUAGUCGGCAAGCGGCACCACACGCGUUUCUAUCCGACCAAGGAGGAGGAAGCCGACAACUCCGGCAAUCCCCACAAUGGCACUGUCGUUGACCGCGGCGUGACCGAGGCCCGCAACUGGGACUUUUUCUUGCAAGCGCACACGGCUCUCAAAGGCACCGCUCGCCCGGCGCACUACUUCACUGUCUACGAUGAGAUUUUCUGUCAAGAGAAGCUCGCCCCUGGGCAGAACGCCGCCGAUGUCCUGGAGAAUCUGACCCACAAGAUGUGCUAUCUGUUCGGACGCGCCACCAAGGCCGUCAGCAUCUGUCCCCCUGCAUACUAUGCUGAUCUGGUCUGCGAGCGUGCGAGAUGUUAUCUCUCAGACGUCUUUGAUGCGUCGACAGCGAGUGCCGCUGGGAGCAAGGCCGAGUCUGUUGAUGGUCACCGGGUGACGAUCCAUCCUAGUGUGAGCCACACCAUGUUUUAUAUCUAA